AUGUCCGAUAAUUACGGCAGCUAUCAAACAGAAAUCUACGGUAAGGGUGCCCUCAUGGGUAUCCUACCCGGGGUUACCACCGACCCCCGCAAACUGGAAGAGCAAGCUCAGGAGGCUCUGGGAAUCCGCGCCUUCAACUAUGUGGCCGGCGGGGCAGGCGAGAAAGCUACAAUGGAUAGCAAUCGACAGGCAUUCCGUCAGUGGAAGCUGAUCCCCCGCAUGAUGCGAAACAAACCAGAACAAGAUGUCUCGGUCGAGCUCUUCGGUCAAAAAUACGAUAACCCACUGAUUGUUGCCCCGGUCGGCGUCCAAGGAAUCUUCCACGAAGACAAGGAAACCGGCCUUGCCGAGGUAUGUGGGGAGGUUGGUGUGCCGUAUACGAUGAGCACAGCGAGCACAAGUUCAAUCGAAGAUGUCGCGGCGGCCAACAAGGACGGAAAGAGAUGGUUCCAGCUCUACUGGCCGCGCGAUAACAACGUCACGUUAUCGCUGCUGAAGCGCGCCAAGGAGAAUGGAUUCUCGGUUCUUGUGGUGACGCUGGAUACGUGGUCCUUGGCUUGGCGACCGGCGGAUCUAGAUAAUGCUUAUGUUCCCUUUAUCAAGGGGGUGGGGAACCAGGUGGGAUUUACGGAUCCGGUUUUCCGAGCGAAGUUCGAGAAAGAGACCGGGUCGAAGGUUGAGGAGGAUAUUUUCGGUGCUUCGAGGGCUUGGAUCGGGGAUAUCUUUGCGGGGGCGCCGCAUUCAUGGGAGGAUUUGGAGUUCCUCCGAAAGAGUUGGGACGGGCCGAUUGUUCUGAAGGGGAUUCAGCAUGUGGACGACGCGAAGUUGGCAUUGAAGGCCGGCUGUGAUGGAAUCGUGGUAUCUAAUCAUGGCGGGCGACAAGUGGACGGGGCGAUUGGGUCGCUGGAUGUGCUUCCGGAGAUCGUUGAUGCGGUCGGAGAUCAAUUGACCGUGCUAUUCGACAGUGGGAUUCGGACGGGCUCGGAUGUGAUCAAGGCGCUGUGCCUGGGAGCCAAGGCGGUGCUGGUUGGUCGGCCGGUGAUUUACGGGCUAAGCAUCCAGGGCCGAGAAGGGGCCAGGCAGGUGCUGAAGGGACUUUUGGCGGAUUUGUGGCAGAAUAUGGGCCUAUCGGGAAUCCGCAGAGUGGAAGACUGCAAUCGGAGUCAAGUUCGCAGAGUGAACGAAGCGAGUUUGAAGGCGAUGAUGUAUAUUUUUAUCAUGAUAGAUUCUGAGAAUCAAGUAGCUCAGAUCACUCAACCGACAGGGUCAACCCUGCUACCGCGUCCAGUCGCGUCUUUGAUAUCGCUGAUCACCCAGUCAACAUCACUAUCUUUACGACUGGGCACUUUCUUUGGCGGGGCUGCAUUAGAUGGCGCCCGGGCCACCACGCUCACCAGUCUCGAACUGAGUAGAGCUUUGGUAGAAGGAAUUCUGACCAGAGCAGGGCGAGAUGUCGCGAUCCGCAGUGGUGACGAACACGGCAGAACAGAGGCAGAGUCUCUGCUUGAACGAAGUUUGGCAACGCUCCAUACGACCGUGACCUCGGCAUCGUUCUUCGCUGCCGCGUCGUUCCACUUCUCGUCGACGACGUUGUCUUCGAUCUCCCAUCUAUCACAGGCAUUGCUGUCAACUCUAGAUGCAAUCCUCGGCUCGACUGAGUCGUCGAGAGCUAUUGCGGCGAUCAUCACGCUCAUUCGGCGCGAGUUCAGAUCUCUUGAGCCCGGUGCAAGUGCAGAGAAGAUCGGAGUUGGAGAUCUACUUGUCGGAUCUCUGGGUUUCGCGCUGCUGCAGCGAUGGGGAAAGAAGAAUACCGAACGCCAUCUGCGCCAGUGUGGCGGAGACGAAAUUGUUUGGGAUGUAGUCAUCUUGGACAACGGCGCAAGAGCAGAUGUGAUUGGGUCUCACCAGCUACAGUUUCUGGACCGUGGAAAUGAGGAACCUGUUGAGCCCAGCAGUGCUUCUUUUGUAAUGCCGGGAAAUACUGAUGAAGCCUUUGAUGCAAUCCGGCGGUCUAGCGUCACUGAUACCCCGGGCAAUCGUCUCUCGGUUCCCUUGGACGAGCAGCAGCAGGUGUCCGAUGAGGAUGUUCGCGCUUAUAUCAUGAGCCAGCUCCCUCAAGGCUGUCAUGCAUCCAUCCGAUCGGAAGUUUUGACGGCGCGAACAAUCACGGUUGAUAUCUUUGAUGAUGAUAUGGCCGAGAUUGCGGCGCCGCCAGGAACGAAGAUGAUUGAGGAAAGAUUCCACCAUGAUCAUGACUAUGGAGAUACAGUCAUGGUUGACGACAAACAACGGUUUCCACGGCAGACUGUGGUCUUUAGGACAGCUUUCAAUAAAUCCGAAAGCACUGAAUUGCGACCUCAUGACGGUUCAAACCUUUCUACCUUGGCUGAUUCAAGCCAUCAACAACGAGCAUUACCUGGCAAGCCAUUGCCUGAGAUCCCACCGAAGUCUCAACAUGGCCGGUCGCGUUCGCAUCCUGAUACAUACGGUCCUGUCAAGCAGCAAGCUCCCGAUUCGCCUAGCGAAAGCUCUAAGCCUGGCGUGGGCAAAGGUCUAACCAAGUUUGCACAGAUGGUAAAGCCAGCUGGUGCAGAAAAGAGCGACGUCAAACGCUCUCUGAAGAAACCUCUGAAGUCUACAGGUUCUGGGAUUCCCCCACCCCGUCUACCACCCAGGCCUACAAACAGACCUACAAAAGGAACGGCCGCUGUGAAGGAAGCGACCGUACGAGAGGUGUCCACCAAGCCAGACCUCAAGAAGAGACAAACUGAGCCACCAGUCUAUCAACCUACGACUCCGGUUCCAAAUCGUGGCUUGCGAAGAUCGCCUUUCCCCAGUUCGCCUCAACGAGCUUCGCCUCAAUCUCAAACAAAACAUGGUCCACCUUAUAGUACACCUCCAGGAAGGGGACUUGGAGAGCACUUCACAAUGAGACACAAUAGUCAAGAGUCACUUCUGACCCGAACAGAUGCUUUUAUAACUCGCCAUGGUGCCGAUCUCCGUCCUGGGUCCCCUGCCGCCGCCCGAACUCACGUUCGCAGUAGCAGCUCCAUGUCUAUCACAACAUCAGAAGCAGAUGGCCGGGUGUCAGCAAAUGACAAUCGACCCGGGUCGUCGGCUCGCCAUCUCAGAUCUCACUCCUACACUCCAAGCAUAUACUCCUUGGCAACUGCAGGAUCGGAGACAUCGCUGCUCCUUGCGCAUCGGCCUCGCAAAAGUGCUUAUGGGGAUACAGAGACUAUCCAGGCUCUAAACCGUGAUGGUCUUGUUCCAGGAAUUUUCCCCGAGAGACAUUUUGUACAGAACAUAAGACGAUUCUGUCGAUUUUCAUCUGCUUCAUAUGGCUCCAACGCACUCAAGGUCAUGGGCGUCCCUAGAGAUCCCACAAAUUUACCCAGCACCACAUCAGACGGUCAUGUGCAUAGCGCGUUUUCUGAAAACGCAGGUCUCCCACCAUCCACCAUCCUCCUCUCCUCCUAUGUCGAUCCAGCAGGAGGCUCGAACGCUGCCGGCGAGACAGACACUGGCUUUCCCUUGGUCCAUUAUCUCUCCAUCGAUCAUGACUCGAAAGCAAUUGUCCUCACCCUUCGCGGCACCUGGGGCUUUGAAGACAUCCUCACGGACAUGACGUGCGACUACGAUGAUCUCGAAUGGCAAGGCAAGAGUUGGAAGGUACACAAAGGCAUGCACGCCUCCGCUAAGCGCCUCCUUGAAGGCGGCGGUGGUCGAGUAAUGAUCACUCUCCGUGCCGCACUUGAAGAAUUCGAGGACUACGGCAUCGUCCUCUGCGGCCACUCGCUCGGUGGCGGCGUUGCUGCCCUCUUAGCCACAAUGAUCUCAGAACCCAACCCCGUCCAAACAGGAACCUCCUUCAUAACAUCAUCCUACCGCCCUCGUCUCUUACCGGACUCCGACUCGAACAAAACUGUCCCAACCUACACGCUGCCAGCGAACCGCCCUAUUCACGUCUACGCCUAUGGACCGCCGGCUGUAAUGUCACCGUUUCUCCGGAUCGCCACUCGAGGCCUUAUAACAACCAUCGUCAACGGAUCAGAUAUAGUCCCCAGUCUCUCCCUAGGUAUCCUACACGAUAUGCACACAGCCUCGCUUUCUUUCAAAGACGACACAGGCGCAAAAUCACAUAUUCGACAGCGCCUCCGCGACUCACUGCGCCAGAGCAUCAUUCACAAGUUCUAUGUCAAUCAACCGCCACUAGUCGUCAAUGCCGGUGACGGCGUCGGCGAGGAUGCCUGGGCGUGGAAAACGCUUAAGCUACUACGCGAUGAGAUGCGCGCACCCAAGCUCAUGCCACCUGGUGAGGUCUUUGUUGUUGAGACUAUGCGCGUUCUACAGAGGGAUGCAUUUACCUUGCCUGAUCUUGAUGCAGGUCGGCUUGGUAGACCGGCUACCAGGGUGCAGUUGAGAUUUGUCAGAAACGUUGAGGCCUACUUUGGAGAGCUGCGGUUUGCCAGUGGUAUGUUGAGUGACCAUAAUCCGGCUCGGUACGAGACCAGUCUGGCGGCUUUAGUGAGAGGCAUUCUAGAUGAGUAA